AUGUUUUGCUGUGGCAGGUCGAGCGGCCCCAGUAAGGCCCUGAAGCUGGGGGCGAGGGGGAAGGAGGUGGAUAACUUUGUGGACAAGCUGAAAUCGGAGGGCGAGAACAUCAUCCUACCCAGUUCGGGGAAGAGACCCUCAGAGGUGUCCAAAGUGCUGCCCCCUCCUGUCAACAUGGAGAGCGUGCACUUGCGGGUGGAGGAAAAGAUCUCCUUGACCUGCGGGCGGGACGGGGGGCUGCAGAACAUGGAGGUACUGGGGAUGAUCACCCUGCGUGUCUCGGAGGACAAGAGCGGGCGCAUUCGCCUGCACGUCCACAACGACGACAAGAAGGGCCUGCAGCUGCAGACCCACCCCAACGUGGACAAGAAGCUGUUCACAGCGGAGUCUCUGAUUGGCCUGAAAAACCCAGAGAAGUCCUUUCCCCUCAACAACGACGUUGGUGUGCUGAAGUGGAGGCUACAGACCACAGACGAGUCCUUCAUACCUCUCACCAUUAACUGCUGGCCUUCGGAGAGUGGGAGCGGCUGCGAUGUGAACAUUGAGUAUGAGCUGCAGGAGGAGGGGCUGGAGCUCAACGAUGUCGUCAUCUCUAUCCCAGUCCCCUCGGGAGUGGGCGCCCCCCUGAUCGGCGACCUGGACGGCGAGUACCGGCACGACAGCCGCAGGAACGUGCUCGAGUGGUGCCUGCCCGUCAUCGACGCCAAGAACAAGACGGGCAGCCUGGAGUUCAGCAUCGCGGGCCAGCCCAACGACUUCUUCCCCGUGCACGUCUCCUUCGUCUCCAAGCGCAACUACUGCGACAUACAGAUUUCCAAAGUCACCCUGGUGGACAGCGACAGCCCUGUGAGGUUCUCCUUGGAAACGUCGUUCGUCGUCGACAAGUACGAGAUACUGUAAGCGCGCGGGCGCCUCGCGAUCCCUGAUGGCCGCCGUCAACCGCGAGAAGACGAGAGAAGAAGAAAAGAAAAGGAGAAACCGAUAGUAGCCUGUCCGCUGUGUACCAGAUUGAAUACAACACAUCAACGGGACGCAAUCCUGCUAAGCCCUUACCGCCAUGGCGUGCAGUAUUUGGUGUAUUUAUACCUUUAUAUGUAAAAAAAAGAAACAGAAAUGCUAUAUAUAUAAAUAAAACCGAACAGGACGCAGUUGUGCUGCAUCAGCAAAGGAGAAUCGUAAUAUACAAACAGGAGGGCUGUGGGGGAGAGGAGGGACAAGUAGUGUUUAAAGGGGGCUAGGGUGGGGAUGGGGGGGGAGGGCUAGGGGUUGUGCUUCAGGUGUGAUCCAAAAAUUGAAUACCUAAAUAAAAAGAACGUCCUGAUAACCUGAGCAGCAUGACGUUUCCCCGGACGUCCAAAGACAGGUGUGGAAAGAUCCCAGGCUCGUGGACAGCCUUUGUAACGAGGGUGUGUGUGUGUGGGGGGUCAGAUGAGCCGAUUUCCUGCGACCGCAGUCAGAGGAAGAGUACGGAGUGUGGCUUGAGCAGCUAUGUUGCUUUCUGGGCAAAAAAAAAA